UGACCAUUGAAACAAUGCUGACUCAACCAGUGUGUGCCCAGUGGGUUGUUACUCAUAUCUUGAUUUGCAGUAAUAAUUGCAGGAUACUAUAACUCUGUUAAUUUACCUUUCGAAUACAGUAUCACAUUACCUCCUGUAAACGAAUGGAAUUAUCCUUAUAUCUAAGGAAAUGGGUGUAAACACUUUUAGUUUCACAUUAGGUCGUCAUGCGCAGCAUGUUUGUGUACGGCUACGAUUUUUGAAGAGUGUCCAUGUCCAAGUUUGAUCUCAUUAACUUCUGAGCGUCAUCGAUUGAUAUUCUUCUGCAAUACGAAAAAUAGAUUGUGUCUUGACUUCACUCUGAUUGAAAAGAACGAAGAUGAAAAUGUCAGAGGACCACGACGCGCACGUUCUCAACAUUACCACAUGUACAGAAAUUAACCGGUCUUUUACGCACAGAUUUUUGCCAGCGGUGUUCGUGCUGGUGUUUGUCAUCGGAACAUUUGCAAACUUCUGUGGGUUAAAAACUGUUUUUACACGCUGGAAGAAAAUUGGAAGUAUGAACAUAUUUAUUCUCAACCUUGGAAUAGCGGACUUGCUAUACCUAUUUACAUUACCAUUUUUGGUUGUCUAUUACGCGCUAAACAGUAAAUGGAUAUUUGGACAAACAUUCUGCAAGAUCACCAGAUUCUGUUUCAAUUUGAAUCUCUACGGCAGUAUCGGGUUCCUGACAUGCAUCAGUAUUUAUCGAUACCUUGGUAUUGUGCACCCAAUGAACGUGAUGGGAAGAAUCAACACUCGCCACUCGGUGGCAAUAAGUUUUCUUGUCUGGAUUUUGGUUUUUAUUCAGAUACUUCCCGAUAUGUUCUUUGACAAGACAGCACCAAAUUCCUCAGAUGCGUGCUAUGACUCGACAGCCGACCACCUUAUCAAGGAUUACCUGCCGUAUAGCAUUGGCUGGACUGUUACCGGAUUCGUUAUACCAUUGCUCGUCAUUCUUGCUUGCUAUGGACAUAUAGUAGUGGUCCUUGCCACCAAAGCCAACGUCAAUACUUUAUUGAAACAGAGGUGUCUAAAACUAGUCAUCAUCUUGACUGUGUUAUUCUCAAUUUGCUUUAUCCCAUACCAUGUUUUGAGAAAUCUCAAUUUGAAGAUAAGGAUUUUGAAAAUGGAAGGCACUUGCAAAGCAAGCUUCGAUGACAUCUAUGUUGCUCAUCAAAUCAGCCGCGGCCUGGCUUGCCUGAAUAGCGCAAUCAAUCCGUUGAUUUACUUGAUUGGAAAUGAUGAUUUUCUCAUGCGCUAUCAUAAUGUCACCAAACGAGCCAGGAUGUCUCUUGUUCAUUGGACUGGUGCUGUAAUUUACCGCAAGGCAGAUCCACCAACAGAAUAAUUUCAACCAGAAAACUUUGACCAGCUAGUUAUUUAAACCAAUAUUGUACCAAAGGCCUGUAUGUAAAUAUGCUGUACUCUAUGCUUUAUUCAUCAUUCUCUGAGUAUUUUAUUGUGUUAUGUGAGAGCCUGUGAGUGGCUGAAUGCACUUGUGUAAAGUGAUAUACUGUUCCAUUUAGUCAGUGAUAUGUAGAGCUAUAUCACUGAAAAAAAAAACUCAAUAUGCAUUUCUGAUAUUACAUAAGAAUGACAGGUAUUCCAGCAUCCUAUUACAUACCAAUGACUGAAGUAUUCCUCUGUUUUCAAUAAACAAUACAAAUGUGUCAAG